AUGGCACUCAAGAUCAAAAUAUCCGACACCAAGACUGUCCUGCAGAAUUUGCUCAUUUGCACUGUAGUCUUCUACACAGUGCUUUACUUAGCUCACGUUAUCUGUUUCAUAAUUCUAAGAUUGGAUAGUUUUGAUGAACUUGGACCUUUCGAUUUCAAAACAUCCCCAUCCUGGUCAAAUACAAAGUACCUGGCAAACUUGAUUUCUCUGGAAGCCACAUUUCUGGUGAGCAGCAUCCUAUUUGUUUUGGUUGUGGAGGAAUGGAUUUGGGACUAUGGUUGCACAGUAACUGUGAUUCAUAUCACUGUGGUUUCACUGGUUAAUAUGGAAAUCCCCAUUACGGCACAGUGGUGGACCUCCAUAGGCAUUGGUUUGACCAUGAUGAUCUGUGGAGGACAAAUUCUGGCUUAUCUUCUAUACCAUAACAACUUUAUAUAUCCCGACCUGGAUGAUUUUUGAAAUAAUCCUAGAGCAAAAAUUAUUUUAAAUGUAUAAAAUGCUGCUGUUUAAGUUUGUUCUUUUAUAAAGCAUUUGUUUAUCUGUACAUUUAUUUUUUUAAAGUGAAGUACAUGGGCUCAUGGAUGACAGGAUGAGUCAUGCCUCAACUUCUUUCAUCGCCAUGUAUAUUAAAUUAUAUACCAGAAAUGUCAAAGUGUUUUGUAAUAGUUUUUGUUGAAAUGAAAAUAUUUUCCUGCUAUUGCUACCAAAGAACACCAAAAAUUCUACUGUUUGAAUGCACCCUAAUUCUUUUACAUGGUGGAAGAAUGAGGUCUUAUUGCAGAGUCAGCCAUGUUG